UGUUAUGUUGUUAUGGUUAUUGGUUAUGUUAAAUGUCAGACAGCAUUUUUGUUUUGAAUGAUUAAAUUAUUUCCAUUUAACGCCAAAUUACUAAUUUGUGCGAUUAUAAUUAUUUUUACCUCUUGUACGAGAUAUACAUAUACAGCUAACAUGUCUUCUGAAACACUUUUGUCAGUAGACUUUGAGGUAUUCGGCAGGGUUCAAGGUGUAUUUUUUCGAAAGUAUACCGAAAAAGAAGCUAAGAGACUGAAUUUGAAAGGAUGGUGCAUGAAUACCAAGCAGGAUACAGUUAAAGGAAUUAUCGAAGGACCCACAAAAAAUGUAGAAGAAAUGAAAUUAUGGUUACAAGAAACUGGCAGUCCUUCCUCUAGGAUUGAUAAAGCCGUCUUUUCCAACCAAAAAACUAUUAAUCAAUACACCUAUGAUUCAUUUAAGAUCAAACGAUAAUUUCAAAUAAUUUUUAGAAAAAGUAAUUGACAAAUUCUAGUAGAUGUGUGAAUAUAUCCUCAAAAGGAGCUUUAAAACAGUAUUUAUAUUUUGAGUUUUAUGUAUUUUUUGGUUUUAUGAAUAUAUUCCUGUUUAAAACGAA